GCCUGGGAUGACAUGCCUAAGUUGAAAGUAGAUUCUUUAGUAUGUCUGCGGGGCUAGAGCAAUAAUAUAGUAUAUUCUGUGUGGGAAGACUGCCAAGAAUCUCGUUACCCGUAUAUAGCAGCCCGUACUAAUUUACAUGAAUUAAUAUACAACAGGGAAGGUAAAUUAUUGAUAAAUAAAACACACUGAGGUAUCAUCGGUGUUUGUAUAGAAGCUGCUGUUUCGCGAAACGAAACAAGGUAUCAGUAUGACUGCACUUUCUCGCUUUGUCCUUGGGGGUGUGAACGUAAAUACCAGAUGCUGUCAACGACUGCUGAAUGCCUUCCUAAACAAAACACCACUACAGUCCGUAUGUUGCUAUAAAAAAAUACACCAUUCGUCUAAUAAAUUGACAUCAUCAAAGUAUCCACAUAAUAUGUCGUCAUCAAUCUGGACAUCGUCAACUUCAUCUGGUAAGAUACAGAUAAAAGAAGAUAUUGGUAGAUGUUCCGCAGCAGCUUCAGACGAUGGUGAUUUUUUGCACAUUUUGUGGGAUGAUGGCAGUAUGACGCGUUAUCCGUACCUAUGGAUACGAGAUAAUUGUGGUUGUAGUCAGUGCUUCAAUAAAGAUAUGAACCAGAGACUAUUCUCAUACAAAACGUUUAACGCUGACGUUAAACUUGUUGAUGUCCAAAAUGAGUCACCGGGUGCGAUCGCACUACGCGGGACAGACGAUCACAUAACAACGCUAAAUUUCGCCUGGCUCAGAGAUAAAGGCGCAGAGCUGUUAGAAGGAAAACCCGAUAUACAUCUAACAAAGGUGCAUUGGGGCGCAGACAUAAUUUCUAUCCUUCCAGUCUUCCAAUACGAUGAGGUUAUUUCCGAUUACGCUACUAUGUACGAGUGGAUGAAAAGUAUCAAAAUAUUCGGUAUUGGUCGAAUAAAUGGUGCGCCAAAGGAAUCGGGUGAAUUGAUGAACAUCGCCAAACGUAUUGCUCAUGUGAGAAAGACACUCUUCGGAGAUAUUUCGAUAAUAAAAGCCAGGAGCGAUGCCUUCUUUAUAGGCUACACACCGAUUGAAUUGCCGUUGCACACCGAUUACACUUUCGGCAAGACUGUCCCUGGGGUUCUAUUGCUGCAUAGUAUUGAACGGCCUCAAUCUGGUGGUGAGAAUUGGUUUGCCGAUGGAUUUAAAGCGGCUCAUGAUCUUCGAGAAAUAGAUGAGAAUGCCUUCAAUCUGCUUUGCAGAGGAAUUCUUGAAUAUGAAAUUGAUGGUACAAGCCAAGAAAAAGAUGUCCACCUUAAAGGCCAAUUUCCAACUAUUAGCUUGAAUUCGACAGGUGAAGUGGAGAUGGUGUCUUACAGUGACCACACAAGGACAGCAAGUAUCAAGAAUAUAUCGACGGAAGGAAUUCCUGCUUUCUACCGAGCUUUGAAAACAUUCGCAGGCCUACUAUAUUCACCGAAAAACCUAAUGGUAUUACCACUAGAAGAAGGAGACAUGCUUGCGACAGACAACUUCCGAAUAUUGCACGGUCGUGCUGGCUUUACUCUUGGCAAAAAUACAGGGCGUCAUGUUGAACACAUCUUUUUUGACAUUGAGGAUUUUGAUUCGCGAAUGCGCUGUAUUGCAAAUAAAAUGACGUAGCAUACAGUUAGGCCGUGAGCCGAGACCUCAAAAAGGCUUUAUUUCUUGACUUCCGUAGUACGACAUACUUGGAAGUACUUGCCUUUUUGUUAAUUAUACGUGUUGUGAAAAUAAAUUUAAUUGUUCCCUCUUUCCAUUCUUGCACAUUAACUUUGCUAAGGGCCCCUUUUCCUUAGUAACGGCCUUUUAUAGUCUAAAGUAUUAGGAUUUAUGAACAAAUUAGACAUCACAUGGCUGUAAUUUUCGAAAUAGAACAUAAUAGGAGUUAUAAUACAAUAUGUCUUUAAAAACA